AUGGACGUGGACAUGGACGUGGACAUGGACGUGGACGUGGACGUGGACAUGGACGUGGACGUGGACAUGGACGUGGACGUGGACAUGGACGUGGACAUGGACGUGGACAUGGACGUGGACAUGGACAUGGACGUGGACAUGGACGUGGACAUGGAUGUGGACAUGGGCGUGGACAUGGACGUGGACGUGGGCGUGGAGAUGGACGUGGACGUGGACGUGGAGGACUUGGACGUGGAGAUGGACGUUGACGUGGACGUGGACGUGGACGUGGACAUGGACGUGGACGUGGACAUGGACGUGGACGUGGAGAUGGACGUGGACGUCGACGUGGAAGUGGACGUGGACGUGGAGAACUUGGACGUGGACAUGGACGUGGACAUGGACGUGGACGUGGACGUGGACGAAGACAUGGUCGUGGAUGUGGACGUGGACGUGGACGUGGACGUGGACAUGGACUUAGACGUGGACGUGGACGUGGACGUAGUCGUGGACGUGGACGUGGACCUGGACGUGGACGAGGACGUGGACGUGGACAUGGACGUGGACGUGGACGUAGACAGGGACAUGGACUUGGACAUGGACGUGGACGUGGACAUGGACGUGGACGUGGAAAUGGACAUGGACAUGGACGUGGAAGUGAACGUGGACGUGGACAUAGACGUGGACGUGGACGUGGAAAUGGACAUGGACACGUCCACGUCCAUGUCCACAUCCACGUCCAUGUCCACGUCCACGUCCAUGUCCACGUCCAUGUCCAUGUCCAUGUCCACGUCCACGUCCACGUCCACGUCCUUGUCAUUUGCACUCUAA